CCCUUCCUUUCAAAUUAGAAAUAUAAAAGCCACACAAGGGACAUUCAGAGAGCAAUUAGUCGCUAGGCUUGGAGCUUUGGAGCACUGGAACAAUGGCUCACUCCUUAAAACCUUGUUCUGCCUUCAUCAUCACCAUCUUUAUAUUCUUUUCUGUGUCUACUGCUAUUCCUAACGCACUGAAUCCACGUCCCUUCAAAAAGAUCUAUGCCUUCGGUGACUCAUUCACCGACACAGGCAACACCCGAAGUGCAACUGGACCUACCGGUUUUGCCCAUGUCUCCAAUCCUCCAUAUGGCAUCACCUACUUUCACCGCCCCACCAACCGAUACUCCGAUGGACGGCUAGUGAUUGACUUUGUAGCUGAAUCACUGUCUUUACCAUUCUUGCCACCUUAUAUCCACAACAAAAUCAAUGCAUCUCAUGGUGUCAACUUUGCCGUUGCUGGCGCCACUGCAAUAAAUCAUUCUUUCUUUGUGAAGAACAACCUCACUCUUGACAUUACUCCUGAGUCUAUCCAAACUCAGCUCCUUUGGUUCAACAAAUUCUUGGAGAGUCAAGGGUGUAAAAAGUCAAAUCAGUCAGGGCCCGAAUGCAAGGCAGCUCUUGCUGAUGCUUUGUUCUGGGUAGGUGAAAUUGGUGUCAAUGAUUAUGCGUAUACCCUUGGAUCUUCUGUAUCAGGUGACACCAUUCGCAAACUCGCUAUGGAUAGCUUCACUGAGUUUCUGCAGGCAUUGCUGAAGAAGGGUGCAAAAUAUGUUGUUGUUCAAGCACUGCCGACGACAGGGUGCUUGCCACUGGCCAUGUAUUUGGCUCCUCAGGAUGAUAGGGACGAUAUAGGAUGUGUAAAGAGUGUAAACAACCAAAGUUAUACACAUAAUGCUGCUCUACAAGCCAAGUUGCAGCAACUCCGCCAGAAGUUUCCGCAAGCUGUCAUUGUGUACGCUGAUUACUGGAAUGCCUUCCACACCGUCAUGAAAAGUCCAGAAAAGUAUGGCUUCAAGGAGCCUUUCAAGGCAUGCUGUGGAUCAGGUGAACCUCCCUACAACUUUGACGUGUCCGCUGCUUGUGGUACACCUUCUGCAACUGUUUGCCCGAACCCUUCUCAGUAUGUUAAUUGGGAUGGAGUUCACCUCACUGAAGCUAUGUAUAAGGUGAUGAGUGACAUGUUUCUCAAUGGAACAUACAGUCACCCUUCGUUCAACUAUUUACUGGGCAACAAACAGCGCCAGGGAUGAACCUUUUAUCUUGCCAUAAAAAAAGCUUAAGCAAUAUUUGUGCUGCUUGUCUUUGUGAUCAGAUGCACAGUUGAACUCUUAGUUGAAAAUAAUUGUGAAGAAAUGGAACUCAAAAGAUGUAUUCAAUCUUAGAACUCUGUUUGAUAUCUAAUUCAUGUAUUCUGUUUCUAGUUUGGCUAUGUCCAAUCCAUGUUUCGGAACAUGUUUGAA